AUGGAAAUUGUUAACAGUGGUUCACACCUUAUAGUGCAGUUAAAGCGUUUCAUCAUGUCAAAUGGUCAUAUCUCAAAACAAGUGUUGCCAGUUUCAUGUUUCCCAGACUUCUUAUCCCUUCCUCUUACCAUCGGCCCUGAGGUAAGAAGCCGUAAGCACUUUAAGAUCAGAGCGCUUAUAAACCACUCUGGUUCUCUUAAUAAUGGGCACUAUACAGCCAUUGUUCAAGACCAAAAGACAGACCAGUGGCUUCACUGCAAUGACAGAGCUGUGACACAAUGUGAUGUUCGGAAGGAACUUUACAGCAAACUAUCCUACGUCUUUUUCUUCCAGGCAGUUUAA